CACCAUAAAUAAAAACCAAACAUAACCUAAAACUUGGGAGAAAACAUGUGGCAGAGUUUGCAUUGGAGAUAGUUUCAUUUCAAAUAGGCCUUUAUUAUUUUGAGUUGUUUUAGUAUUUAUAUCAGUAUUAUUAUUACUUAUUUAAUAUUUUCUAAAACUCAAGAGCAAACUUUGUUCUUCUCUGUUGUGUACUAAUUCUGUGUAAAGCUCUGUGAUUUCUAACCUAUUCAUUAUUGAAUAAUAAAUAAUUUUACAGUUUUGUAGUUACAUUUAAACCUGUAUCAUGACUAAACUGAAGAAAAAGAGGUUGUCGGAAACACUUAUCAAAAAGUCAGCUAGUAAAUCUAAAACGAAUAAUCCAUUUGAAGUUCAUAUCAACAGACAAAAGUUUGAUGUAUUGGGUAAGAAGUCGAAAAAUGAUAGAGGUCUGCCUGGUGUUGCUCGAUCAAAAUCAAUUAAAAAGAGGAAAGAAACACUUCUCCAAGAGUACAAAGUAAAGGACAAGGCCAACAAAUUCCUUGACAGACGAAUUGGCGAGACAAACUCAGCUAUGACGUCAGAGGAUAAGGUUAUGGCCAGGUACACUGCUGAGCGAAUGAAAGCCCACAAUAAGAAAACCAUGUUCAAUUUGGCUGACGACGAAGUGUUGACACACAGAGGCCAGAGUCUGAGUGAGAUCGAGAGAUUCGACGAUCCCAGAAGUGAUGAUGAUGAUGAAGAUGAUGAUUUGAUGAAAAGGAAAGGUGGCGGUCUGGAAGCGGCGUUCGUCGGCGAGGCGCAUUUCGGCGGUGGCAUGCUGCGCGACUCGGCAGCGGAGAAGUCGCGCGCGACGCUGAUCGACGAGCUGAUUGCCGAGUCGAAGCGGCGUCGCGCCGAGAAGGCGCGCGCCAAGGAGCAGACGCUCGAGUUGACAGAGCGUCUCGACGCCGACUGGCAGGAGCUGUUGCCUCUAGUCAAUGCUGGACAGAAGGAGAAGGCGGGUGACGAGGAGGAACGACCCGAGAAGCAGAGCUACGACCAUCUAAUGCGUCAGUUGCGGUUUGAGUCGCGCGGCAAGCCAACCGACAAACUGAGGAGUGAGGAGGACAUCGCCAGAGAGGAGAAGAUGAAACUGGAGCAGUUGGAAGCUGAGAGAAUUAAACGGAUGCAGCCCAACGAUGCUUCAACUUCCACAUCAACAAAAAUAAAACAUCAGAGUGCUGAUGACCUGGAUGAUGGAUUGGACCUGCAGAGUGAGGCAGAGGAAAUGAGUGAUAAAGAAGAGGAAACAAGUGAGGCUGGCAAAAUCGCUGAUGAAAGUGAGGAUGAGGAGGAGGAGGAAGAAGAAGAAGAUGAAAAUGAGGAAGAGGAAGAAGACAAUGAUGAAGACGGUGCUAAUGAAGAUGAUGUUGAAAAUAAAGUAGAAGCAGAUGUGAGUGGAAAGGAUGAGAGUAAAGAAGAGGGAGAAGAAGUGGAAGAAGAAGAAGAGGAAGAAGACGAAGAAUAUGAGUAUGAGAAAGUGGACCGAGAUGAACUGGUGGAAGAGGAGGACGAGGAGGAGGAGGAGGGGGAGGAGGAUGUACAACGAACAGUUGAAACAUCCAAAAAUAAAGAACCUUCUGCAGUAACUUCUUCGAAAACUAACACUUCAGAACAAUCUGCUCCGGUAGAAAAUGCUAUUGAACCGCCUCUUACACCGAAAAUGCCAGAAAGCUACGAGGACUUCCAGAUGUUGGUGAACGAUUUCGGAGCGAAGGACCAAGCCGUCAUUGUGGAGAGGUUGAUCAAACUGUAUCACCCGAGUCUAGGAGAUAAUAACCGACAGAAACUGGAGAACUUAUUCACGUUUCUAUUGCAGCACCUCAAUGACGCUGAAUAUCAGGACUGUUGGAAGGUGCUGAGUCAUCUGUCGCCGCACCUUUACGAUUUGACCCAGUUUUCGCCGCAGAAUUCGGCCAACUGUCUGAUGGAGGUGAUCAUUGAAAAGCACACAGACUACCAGCAGCAAAAGUUUCGUUUUCCCGAGACUGAAACGUUGUUAUUCUUGAAACUGGUUCCACUGUUGUUUCCUUCGAGUGACGUGCGCCACCCUGUCGCUACUCCGGCCAUUGUCUUUCUCUGCCAGAUGCUCAACCAGUGUCGGAUUAGCGGGAGGCGGGACAUCGCCUACGGGUUGUUUGUUGUAACCAUCCUGUUGGAGUACACGUCGCUGUCGAAAAGAUUUUGUCCUGAGGUGACGAGUUUUCUGAUCGGUAUUAUUCAGAUGUCAGUGGCAGGUGCCAAAGUGGCACUCCCCACCUGCAAAUCUGAUUACCGGCCGCUGCUUCUCAAAACGCCAGCCGACAACAGUGCCAAUUCUCCAUCGGCCAUCCGUCUCAGCUGCUCAGACUUGAGCGUGGACGCGCAAGCGCAGAUCGAUGACCAGUUCCGGAUAGCAGCGACUGGAGUGGCCCUGAGGCUGUUGCACACGGCUACUGACCAGUAUGCCUCGCUGCCCGCCGCCAAGGUCAUCUUCGCUCCUCUCAAUCAGCUGAUUGCCAAGUUCAAGAUCUCAAAAUAUCCGAAAAGUGUAGCUGACAUAUUGGACCAACUGAAGACUAGUCUUGACAAGAUUUGCAAUAAGAAAAUGGAUUAUAUUGUGUCGGAAGCCAAAAGACCGAAAGCUCUUAAACUCUACGAGCCGUUGAUAGAAAAGAUUGUGGAUGGCAAGAAGAAGUACGGUCUGUCCGAAGAGCAGGCUGAACACCAGAAGUUGGUGGCCAAGCUAAGGCAGGAGACCAAGGGUGCGCUGAGGGAGAUACGACGCGACCGGCAGUUCCUCUCUAAGAUCAAGUUCCACGAACAGGCCAAGAGUGACGCCGAACGCAAACGGAAAGUGAGACAGAUAUACGGAUGGGGUGCGGAGCAACAGGGAGAACUGAAUAAGAUCAAACGAAAAAAGAAAUGAAUUCAUUAGUGUAUAGUUAUUUUUAAAUAAAUGUAUAGAUUAUUAUAA